AUGGGUGUCUGGAAGAAGCUUAAGCAGACUUUGCGAGGUCACGAAGAAGGUAACACUUUAAAUCCACCCAUUGAUGCCCGGUCGAACGCAGAGCAGCAGUCGAGUCUGUCUAUCAAUACAGGAUCUAGCUACGUAGCUACGAGCGAUCCUUCGACAGUAUCACGACCAAUUGCAGCCUCGAAUGCCGCGAACCUACCCCAAGCGCACCCACAAGAAGCCCCAAAUGACGACCACUUAGCCAACCAAGAAAAUGGCAAUUCUAUCCGGGAGUUAUGGGCUGUGGCAUAUAAUAGCCUGCGAGAAGAGAAAGAUUCGCCCAUCGAAGCCUUCGAGGAACAGAUCCGUCUCAACUUGCCUGGUUUCGCCAGCGCAAUAAGGUCAGACGCGAAUACGAAAGACUGGAUGAGCGAGAUUGUCCAAAGGCAGAUGGAUGAAGUCAAACGCGAUGCUUUGAAGCUAAGAUUUGGUAACUUCGAGGUGGAAGCCCAAGAAGUCGUGAAGUCAGUUCUAGCAGUUGUCGACUGGAGUAAGGAUUACGUUGGUAAGGCCCUGAGCUCAAACCCCACUGCAUCCAUCGCUUGGGGUGGCGCAAGUCUGCUGUUGCCGGUAGAACAAGCUGCCUCUUUGGCUAAGGGAUUGGAUCACAUUUCAUCGCUUAUAGUUCGGAGUUCUAUGUGGGAAGACCUCUACGUGCGGCGUUACGAGUCUAUAACUUGCGAUACUUGGCCAGAGUCACAUGCUGAGUACCGCCACGCUUUGGAAAUGCUGUACCAAGAGGUACUCAGAUUUCAGAUUGUUUGCUACCGCUACUACAGCCACAAAUCUGCCUCUCGUCUAGCUUUAGACGCUGUGAAGCAUCAUGGCUGGGAAGAGCUACUUGAAAAUAUUAAGUACCGGGAGACCGAAUUCGACAAAGUGGGCAAUGGUUGGCGAGAUAAGAUGUACAACGAGGAGUGGGAAAAAGCAGAGGCACGGCACCAGCAAGCUAUGAGUCAAUGGCGAACGAUUGGAACGGAUGUUUCCGAGCUCAGGAAGAUAGUUGAGGAAGUUCAGAAGGACAAAAAACGGCAAGAGAUGCUUAACUGGCUUUGCGCAGUUGACACUUCAGUGCAGUAUAGAGCUGCUCGCGAUAAAUACAGCAGAGGCACCUGCGCGUGGCUGGUCCAAGAAAGCGAUUGCUUCAAGACGUGGGAACGAGAACCUAAAUCUUUCUUAUGGUUAAAUGGAAAAGCCGGCUCAGGAAAGUCAAUUCUUAGCUCGUCUGUUAUCAAAUACUUCAAGGACCGCUACGAGCAAGACCCAGAAACCACGCUUGCAUACUUCUUCUUCAGCUUUGGCAGCCUGGAGCAACAAAAGGUGUCCGUCAUGCUCUCGUCGCUUGUGAGACAGUUGUGUGCGAGUCGCCCCGACACACCACAGCCGAUCAAAAGAUUCGAAAGUGACAUGGCAAAAGGCGAGCGGCCAGAUAUAGAGAGUCUUGAAACCGCAUUAAUAGCUGCUGUCAGUGGGUUUUCAGCGGUAUUUAUUAUUGUUGACGCUCUGGACGAGUGCCCGGCUUUUGAUGGUGAGCGUUCACGGCUUUUGGACUGCCUCGAACGCAUCAUCACCGCAAUGCCAGAUAAUCUUCACAUUUUUUGCACGAGCCGAGCCGAACCAGAUAUUAGUAUGACGAUCGAUGAGCUUUUGUCGCCGCCCGCAAAGGCUGCCGUUGAUAUUACGCAAAAUCAAGGGGGUAUGAAUGGGGAUCUGUGUCUGUACGUCGAUACCGUCUUGGGUACCAAAACGUACAGGUCGUGGUCCGAUGACGUGAAGGCCAAAGCGAAGCAUAUAUUGAUCACUAGAGCAGAUGGAAUGUUCCAAUAUCUUGUUUGCCAGUUCGAAGUCCUUCAAUAUCUGGAUUCGGAAGCAUCGGUCCUCUCGGCACUCAGUGAUCUCCCUAAGGGACUUGACGAAACUUACAACAGGAUGCUUCUAGGCCUAAACCCAAGCUUUAAAGCGCAGGUCUUGGGCUCUCUCAAAUGGCUAGCAUUAUCAAGAAGGACCCUUCGUCUCGAAGAAUUAGCCGAGAUUUUCAUCUUCCGUCCUGAAAUCAACGCUAAGAUCGAGAACACUCAACGUCUAUUCAACGCGGAAACAGUUCUUAAACAUUUCUCCAGCCUCGUGACUACCGAGACGAAGAAUGAAAUUGAUGAUUGGUCUGAUUACCGGUCUCACGAAACCGUCACAUAUGUCCGCCUCGCUCACUUCACAGUCAAGGAGUAUCUGGUAUCCAAACGCAUCGAACAAAGCAGUGCUAGGCAAUUCUGUUUCACAGAAGUGAAUGCUCACCUAUAUAUCGCACAUUGCUGCCUGUCUUAUCACUUAUACCAAAGUGUCGAGGUCACAACAACCGACAACAAACUCCCUUUGGAGACCUAUACAGUCCAAAACUGGGAAUUACAUCUGGAAUUAGUCCCACGCAAACUGUGGACCUCUGAAAUCGUCCAGCUCGCUGAGCUCGCGCUGUCUAUGCGUACCAAGAGCCUCGAAAUGAUUUUAUUCCAUGGACAACUCGGGGGUCGAUGGGAGGAAAUUCACACGCGACGCAACAAUUUAAUACAGCGGCCGUACUGCUACACCGCCGCGCUUGGGUCCAUUGAACUCACCAAAUUACUCCUUCGGAAUGGUUCACGUACCAGCAGAUUCUUGAUCCAGGAAGAUAUCGACUUAGCCCUCCGCGAUGCAGCGGAGGAGGGGCAUAUUGAGAUUGUCCGAUUCCUUCUCAUCGAACGCGCCAACAUCAACACGAUCACCAGCGGCGCGCUGCAGGCCGCGGCGAACCGAGGCCACCUAGCGGUCAUGAAGGUCUUGCUAGACAAUGGGGCGGAUAUCGAUGCGCACGAUGACAGAUUUGGAUCAGCUCUGGAGGCCGCGGCAAAGGGGUUCAACCUGACAGCCUUACGACAGCUCUUAAAUAACGGGGCCGAUGUAUGCAAGGCAGGUUGCCCUUUGUCGUGUCUCAUAGCGGCUUAUAAGUUCAAUAACCAAAAUUGUGUCACGGAGUGCAUACAAGGUUUGAAGCUUCUUCUGGAUAAAGGUGUCAAUAUCAACAGGAAGUGCACCGGGCAUAGGAGCGCCUUGAACGAGGCUAUUAGGACGUGGUUACGUUAUGGGACGCGCGAAUUAUUCGAUUUUAUCAUACAGCACGGCGCUGACAUUGAGCUGGACGAUGGGCAAGAUGGCUCCCCGCUCCAAGCGGCAUGUGUUAAACCCUAUGAACUGGGCAACUUUGUCUCUGAUGAUCAUCGAUGCAAAGCAGUGGUUGAGGCCCUUCUGCGCCUUGGGGCCGACCCAAAUGCCCAGGGAGGGGAGUACGGUAACGUACUCCAAAAGGCAUGUCAUCACACCUACCAUCACUUUGGUGUGGUUGAUCUUCUUCUCGCCGAAGGCGCGGAGGUUAACUGGCAAGGAGGCCGUUAUAGGACGGCAUUACACGCUGCAUGUGUGAAUCCGAGCCUGGAAUCGGUUGAUGCACUGCUUAGUAGAGGCGCUGACGUACAUAUUCUAGGUGGAGAAUGUGGCAGUGUCUUACAAGCAGCCACUAUGUCUCACAAAUUCGAAGAUACUGUGCUUGUUGUGCAAAAGUUACUUGAAAGUGGUGCCGAUGUCAAUGCAACCGGUGGCAAAUUCGGAAGCGCGUUGCAAGCCGCAGUUUUUCGAGGAAGCCUCGUAUCUGAUGCUACAGAUGUGGAAAGAUUACUGCUCAGUAAAGGCGCAGAAGUCAACAUUCAGGGAGGGAUUUACGGCACAGCACUUCAAAGCGCUUGCGCACGAGGCAAAAUAGCAUCGGUGCGCUUACUACUUCUCUACGGUGCUGAGGUAAACGUCGAAGGGGGACGGUAUGGAACCGCGCUCCAGGCGGCGUGCGCAGAUGAUGGUUACUGGAAACCGCAUUAUGAUCUAGCGUGCCUACUGAUAGAUCAUGGUGCCGACGUCCAUGUUCAAGGCGGACAUUAUGGGAGCGCCUGGCAUGCCGCGGCUACAAUACCCCACCGCAAUGAACAGGGUCUCGGCACGUUGAAGCUGCUGCUCGACAAAGGCGCUGAUAUCAACGACUGCCGUGGCCGGUUCGGCACUGCUCUGCAGGUUGCACUGGAGCACAUGACAGAUGGCAUCCAAGAUAGAAUCCACUUUCUCCUCGAAAAUGGCGCUGAUGUCAAUCUGGGAGCUGGUAUAUAUGGCUUUCCAUUGCAGUCGGCAUGUCUAUCGCCUACGGACCAUGUAGUUUGUCUAAACAAUCACGGCCUCGUCUACCUCCUCGAAAACUGCGCCGACAUCGAUGUGAACAAGACAGGCGGGCUGUUUGGAACGGCUUUACAAGCAGCAGCGUACGAAGGCAAGACAAGAGGCCUUCGAUUACUCCUUGAGAAGGGUGCGAAUGUCAACACUCGGGGCGGGAAAUACGGAAGCGCACUCAAUGCGGCCGUGGUCAAAGGAUAUUGGGACCUUGUCGAUAUACUAUUGGACUCUGGAGCCGAGGCAGACUGCUACUUGUUCUCAAAACCGGAUGAGGAAUGGCUCGAAAGUGUUUGUAAGGAAGAUGGGCACAUUGCUGUGAAGCGGUAUAGGAAUUUCUGGGAGAAGGUCAAGUUGUAUUAA